AUGAAGUUCCUCACAUUCUCCCUCUUCCUCGCCUCGACACUCGUUAGCGUCAGCAGUGCUCCCGCCGAUGUUGAUAGCAGGGCUGUCACUUUCACCAACUAUGAUCAGCAGUUGCAGGAGCGCGACCAGGAGCCCCGCGGGGUUUCCGUCCCCUCCUUCAACGGAGUUGAGACCACCAGUGGUGUGAUCGCCGACGUUCAGGACGAGGAGGAGGCCGUCCCCGUCCGCGCCCGCCAGCUGCUCAAGAAGAAGAAGGGCAAGAAGGGAAAGAAGGGCAAGAAGGCGAAGAAGGCUAAGAAGGCGAAGAAGGCCGCCAAGGCCAACGCCGGCGCCGCGAAGGCCAAGGGCAAGGCUACUCCUGCUGCCGGUGCUGCCAAGGGCAAGGGCGCCGCUCCCGCUGCUGGUGCUGCCGGCAAGGGUAAGGGCGCUGCUCCCCCCGCCGCCGCGCCGGCUGGCGGUGCUGCGGCCAAGGGCAAGGGAACCAACCCGCCCGCUGCUGCUCCCGCCGGUGGUGCUGCUGGUGCUCCUCCUCCCGCUGCCCCGGCCGCCGCUCCUCCUGCUGCUCCUCCUGCCGCUCCCCCUGCUGCUGCCGCGAAGCCCGCUGCUGCUGCUCCCGCCGCCGUCGCCCCGGCUCCUGUCGCUCCUGCGCUCCCCGUCGCCAAGCCCAACUAA